UAAAAUAAUUGUGUGAUCGUUGUUUAGUGUGAACGAGGCACGAUCAAAAACUUGUGGAUCGUGUUUGAAUGAAUUACACAUUUUUCUGUUUUGUAUAUGAAUUUAUCAUCGAACGUUUUUUAAUAAAAUUUACCAAACAAACGGAAUUUUCUUGUUGAAUUGAACACAAGACGAAUAACAAACAAUAUAGAAACAGUUGGUUUUGGUAUCUUCCCCCCUUUCACCCAUUUGCCAAGAUCCAAACUCUAAACAGAAACACACAUCUCUCUCUCUCUCUAACUCUCCCGAAGACUGUCUUCAAACUUCAAAGUUGAUUUCUUGUUUUCUGUUGUUUGAUGGUGACCCGUCGUCUUCGUCGUCGCUGCCGUCGCCACCAUAUUCGAGUUGAGACUCCAUCUCCAGUGAGGAAAAAUAUUUUCCAAUCACAUUUAGUAACGAUCGAAUAGCGAACUAGCCACUAUAUGUUGCUCGGAAAAACGGGACCUGUCUUAAUAUUUUUCGCGAUCAAAGGAUAUUUUUCUCUGGAAUAAAUAUUUACAAACAAAAUACGAAGAUCAGAAACUCUAAUCGAUGUGUUUCUUAGAUUGUUUUUAAACUUAAAAAAUUCAACGGAAAAGGUGAUCGAAAAAUGAACCUUACUCAUAAGUGAAGAUCAUUGAUGAAGAUCGUUGUGACGAUAUUAUUGGAUUUACCGAAUUUCGAUUCAACCGAUAUCGUGUGAGUUUAUUAAAUUAUUACUCAUUCGAGCUAUUUUUAGUUUUGGUUAAUUUUGUGUGUUUUCUUGAGUUCUUGGAAUAUUUCGUCUUUUCCCUUUAACACGCACUCGCACUUGAUCAUAAAAAUUAAAUUGACCAACGAACGGAACAAGAUUAAAUAAACUUUCCAAUUUGUUUAAUAAAAAAAGUGAUAUUCAUACGAUCGGAGCUCGAGUGUCAUCGGUGAAUUUUUAGUGAAAAUUUCUUCCGGUAAUUUAUUUAUUCUUUUUUAUUUUUGGUUUCAUCUCAAAAGAUAUUGUGAAAGAAAAUAUAUAAAUAUAAGAAAAAAAAUAUACCUACCUAUAGAAAAAAGAUUGCAAAAGUUAACCUACUUUCUACAUCAUCGUGAAUAAGAGAAGAAGCAGAAAAAUAUACCGUAUGGUUUUAAUCGUUUAUUUUUGUGUUGUUGCGUUGUUUUUGUUUUUGAAGUGUAAAAGUGCAGUGAUCAACGAUUUAUCUCUUGGAUACUAACUGCUUGGUUAGAUACUUUAUGGUCUAAAGCAACACACACCUUCAUUCAUCAUCGAGGAGUUUCGUCUUAAACAAAAUAAACCUGCAAAAAAUUAAAAAAUAAAUAAAUAGAAAAAAAGUUACAAACAAAAAGAGUUGAAUUUUUUGUGGAACGAAUUUAAAAAAAAAUAUUUUUGUCUUGUGGAAAGACUUUUCUUGUGGAUAUAUUUGCUGAAAAAAAAACUUAAUUUAAGAAAAUAAACCAUAAGAAGUUGCAUAUAAAAUAUACGCAUGUAAAUUGGUCUAAAGGAGUUGACUAUAGGAGUGAGUUAUCAAAGCUUUUGGAAUAAUUUUGGAAUUUAAAGGAGUUUUAACUGCAUCCCAACUUGGAUUGUAAGAGAGAAACCCGGCAGCCAAGUUUAAUUGAUAUUAAUUUUCAUGUCACAAUAAGUUGCAGCACUGCAGUCUUUCAACUAACAAAAAGAUCAAAAACCAAGUCUAAUAUUAAAUAAAAUGGUGAAAUAAUUCAUCCCACCCGACCCCAUCAGAGUUAACUCAUCAACAACAACAACUAUAACCUACAAACAGCAAAACAACAUGUCUUCUUCAAUUUGUCCACAUUUUGCACAAAAUGCCUGGAAGAAAGAUCUAUGCUCAAAUUGUUUCAAAUCAAAAGAGGAACACAAACAAUCAGCUGUAUCUUCGUCAAAAAGUCGACGAGCAGCUGCCUUAGACAUUACAAAGACUGAUUAUCCCAAUAAGAACAAAGUGCCUGCUAGAAGCAUUAUCAAAGGCACCAAACCAAAAUCGAAGAAAACCAAUAAAGUAUGUUUUCCCAAACAAAUUUCCGAAGUCAUUGGUUAUGGCGGUGAUUGGUCUGAAGACACAAACAGUGAUUACGAUGACGAUGAGUUCAUGAACAAUUCGCAUAGCAACGAUGAUCAAUCGACUGGAGCUGGAGAUGAGGAAGAGAAUUUGGAGUUGAAGAAACUGACAAAGGCCAAUACAGAUUUUAAUAUGAACAAUGGCAAUCUUUUGGGUGAUCCUCAAGAGAAUAUCAAGAAAUCGUUUGCAGCACUUAAGCUGGGAGCUCCGCAAGUUGAUAAGGAAGGCAAGAAACAAACGCUAAAGAUCAACGUGACGCCUUUUGGAAGUUCGAAGAAACUAAGUUCUGCGUCCAAGGCUAAGUUCGAAGUAAAAGAAGAACCAAUUCAGAAGACGACUGUCUCUAAAAUAAGUGUGAUGCCCGUCAGCAGUGCAUUGGAAACCAAAACUCCAGCAGAUGGAAAAAAUAGUCCGCCAAUCGAAAGAGCAAUGGAAAAGUCACUCUUAGAAGAAAUAUCGGAGACUCUCGAACAGAACAAAAGUGACCAGAAGAAAAAACUCCAGAACAAAAGCCCUUGCACUGAUACAAAAAUUAAAUUCGAGAUCACUAGCCUGGCUGACGCGCAAGAGAACAAGCCAUUUCUUGACCUCAAAAAACCAAUCGCUAGGAACUCUCCCAUCACCAAGGAUCAGAUCAAACCAAAAAUAAGUGUCAGCACGAUGCAAAAAUACUCAGACUCCGAGAGCAAUGGUUCGGACAGUGAAAAUGGUAUUUCGGCCUACUAUGAUGUUGUGGAGACUGAAAUGAGUUAUGAGAAUGUCCCUGAUGGGAAGAGCAUCAAGGAAGAAGAUCAAACUGAUUGCGGAGAAGUUGUGACCAAACUUGAUUCUGACGAUUCAAAUUCUGUCUAUUCUAGCUCUCAAUACAUCACUGAUAUUCUGUUGUCAUCGAAGACCCGAUCAGCUACAUAUUCCCUGCAUGAAGGAAACUUCAUGACCAGCAAGAUCACUUCUGACGGAUUGAUCGUCACCAAGUGUAGUUCCGAUGAUGCACUCGACUCUACAGGGUCUAGUUUUGACGGAAGCAGUGAUGAGGAGACUUCUUCCUACAACAUGACCAGGAGUGAAUCGGAUUCCGGGAUAGGUAUCUCAAUUGGGAACGAUUACAAGAAUUUGAACGAAAAAUCUGGUGUUGAGAAGAAAUUAAGUGCAAGCACAAAUAAUUCAGACUACGAGGACAUUCAAGUGACAGAUCAAGUAACAACCGUGUCAGCAAAAAAUUUCUCUUUGGAAAAGAGCCGCGAGCUGGCUGGUGAGCCAGAUGGCAGUGCUGAUCCAGACGGAAGUCUGGAAAAUCAGCAGCAACAACUGCCGGCACUGCCCAAAUCACCGCCACCAACAGCGUUGUCACAUGAGGCUAGGCCGUCUUUCUUGCAUGGCUUGCAAAAGAACACACCAGCCAAAAAGCCCGACCUUCCAGUCAAACCAUCAGUGAUGAAAACAUUCACGACAAAGCGUCAGCCAACAUCCGCUGAGCAGCAGGUAAUAACUCAGUUACAACAAGUAAUGAAGCCCUCAACAAUGCCUAACUCAGCUGAUCCACUCGAUAAUGCUUUGGAAGAGCAAUCUAAGCUUCUGAAAAAGGGACGAGCACCAAGUCGACCCCAAACCGAAGAUAAGUCCAGUGCACCUCCAACUCCUGAAAGAGACUACAACAUUGCAGUCGAACUAUCUCCAGAUCCAGAGAAGACUCCAUCCGACGAAGGCAAAAUUCCUGCUGAUGAAAGUGCUGCAUCAUUAACCCCCCAACAGCAACUUGCCUGUGCUACAAAUAGUAUCUACACAAGAAAACAGCAGACAUCGAUUGUAGUAGGCGUCAAGAGCACAGCAUCGCCUGUAAUUCGAGAGAAAGAUAAACGUGAACGUGCCACAGUCAAUCCCAAGUUCCGGUCUCUCAAUACAUUUUCUUCCCAUCGUAAGGCUCAGCUGACACAGCAACUCUCGGCGUCACCUCCAUCGUCGCCAGCAGGUCAAUUUAUCACCCUUUCAUCGGAGCCAUGCUCAACGACAGUCCAACAGUCGCGCAAGAGCUUCUCCCUUUCCGAAGAAUGCCUAACCCUGACAGAUGAUAUGAAGAAGCAACAACAGCAACAGAAGAAGAAUAAAUUCUCCAUUAGGAAAUUCCUUCGCAUGGGAGCGAGCAAAACCACAGACAAUUUGCAUAAGAAGGAUGGCAUUUAUUCCGAGAUUGUGACGGGUGAUGAAUCGGGAGUGGUUGCCAUGGGUAAGCCUCGUCUUGUGAUCAUACAUCCGAUCGAUAUAAAUCCCACGGCUGUCGAAGUGGUUAAGGAUAUAACAAAAACUAAUGACAAUAUCACAUCACAGACGAUCGUGGUGACAACGAAUAAUGCGGGAAAUAGCAACAACAGUAGCAAUGCAAAUAAUAGCAGCGGUAAUGGUGGCGGGGCAAAUAAACCGCCGGCUCCACCAUUGCGUAAGACCGAUUCUGGAGCUGGGCAAAAGAAUCAUGAGGCCAAUAAACCAGCUAGACCACCACCACCCAAGAGUGCUGAGUUGCGCCGGAAACAGCAGAAAAUAAGUUUUGAUAUUAAAACCGCUGCUGGUGCUGGAGGAUCAGUCAAGUGCAAAGCGGACAAUGUCUAUGCGAAUUUAGGUGAAAUUCGCUCAUCAAUAGCGCCUCGUAAGCCCGAACGUACAGCUAGUAUGCGCGAACGUGAAGCUCAACUCGAGUUGGCACGUAAACGUCAGGGAAAUAACGAAAAUGCCGAUAACAUCUCCAUUUGUUCAUCAAACGGUGACAUUGUAACGGCCGAUAUUUCUCAAAGUACACCAAUUCAAAAUAAUAAAAAUACUCCUCCUCAAACCACAUCUUCAAAUGCCGAAGAAAGAUCAUCUUCCGCCAGCAUAACCCCAACAAUCACAACCACCACCAUCAACACCACCAACAAUCAAGGCUAUUCCAGAGAUUCAGAUACCAACAGUCAGACGAGUUCAUUUGAAAGACACAAAAGAACCGAUCAGAUAUUAACAACAAGUACAACUUCAACCUUAGACUCGGCACGACCAAGCAGCUUAAAAGAUUCAGUCCGAAAGAUCAAUAGCACAAUUGAUAGUUAUUUAAAGGACAAGCGGGACUAUGAGAAUUUGUAUGAGUUUGUUAAGGCUGGACCUGGUGGUGCUGAGGCAUCUUCACCACCUCCACCACAACCGCCAGCUCGAUCAAUCGAUGCAGCAGCUAUGGCUCGUGCUGUGCCAGCAAGAAGGCCACAGCCAUUUUCCGAUAAUGCUUCAAUUUCCGGUGCUAGUUAUACACGCAGCGAGUAUGGAUCUCCGUCUCCACGCUACGGCCUCAACAAUAGUCUAGCUAACAUUCCAAGGGUUAUAUCGGCGUCAUAUUGCGGCAGUGAAAUAGGCGAAUUUGAUAUUUAUUCACCAUAUAGCUAUUAUGGUAGUGAGGCUGGCGGUGAUGUUGCUACGGAUAUAAAUGAUAGUGUUUGGGGCGUACCAUCGGCCAUUAAGAAUCGAACCAAAGCAACUAACCGUCUGCGGAUGCGCAAAGGCAGAAGUGUUGUUCACAAGACCAUUGAAGAUAAUUACACUGCUGUGGUAGUAGCGAACCAUGAGGCUUUAGCACAAGUCUUAGAUCAGCUUCAACAAACUCCCAUCAUACCUCCGGCACUUCGUCCCCUUGCCAACGCCAUAAAUUUACGCUUCGAAGACUUCACUGUCAUUGAAGGUGCCCAAGCAUUUGUCGUUGGCAAAAAGGCCUUCCAUGCGGCCGUUUGGACAACAGCUCCGGUCACAUUGGCUCUUUCCGGCGAUUGCAAUCAGCUUUCCGGAGUUGGCGGCGAGCUAUGUCAACUUACCGGUGGCGUCAGUGGUGUCCUUAAUCCAAUAACAGAAUUCUGCGAUCUUGUGCCGAGUUAUCAUCUGCCCCUAAUGCCAACUACUGAAGUGCGUAUGUUACAAGCGACAAUAUCAGUGUUGCCUCGUUUGCAGCUUGAAACUUUACAAUCCAUUGGAACGAUUCUCAAGAAUAAGUCACAAAUGCUAGACAAGUCGAUGUAUAAUUUCCGUGGAUCAAUACCGAAUUUGUCGGGCUUAAAAGAGAACGGCAUGAGUUUGAGGAAUGUUUGUUCGGUACAGAAUCUCAGCUCACUCAGUGAAGACGCCAAGGCUGGAGUAGAGAAAUUAGAAGAAGCUCAGUUGGUUCCUGGGGUGCCAUCAUUUGAUGAUGUCAUGUCUCGAGAGGUUGCAUUUAUUAUGCUUCAAUUGGUCAACGGGCUGAAGAAUCUACAAGCCAAGGCCAUUGAAGAGAUGCCGCUUAGUUUGUCGAAUGUGGUGCUGGCUAAGGAUCAUGAAAAUAAGGAUGCUCAGGCAAGGCUUUGCGUCCUGCAAGGGAACAGCAACAACGAAGAAGACGAACCUAUGGGUACACUGUGUCGUUGCGCACACAUUGCACUCAGUGAAAUGCUACCCUCUACAAAGAUGACUUCAAUUCUGGCCGAUAUCCUGCUCCAGGAACGCUCCGAGUCCUUAUCCAAGGCUAAGGCAGUUCUAGAGUUUGUAUUGUGGGGUCCGUCGGACGUCAUUCUAUCCGGCUCCACAAAAGAACGUGAACUGGCUUUGCAACGGUGGCUCGACUUGGAAAGAGCCACCGUUCUCCAUGGCUUGGUGCGAACUAGAGUCGAGCUCACAAUCUACGACGAAUGUCAUUUGAUGUUCUUAGUGCGAUCGAAUGCAAAAAUGAUGAACGAUGCGGCAAAAAUUGUCUCCAGCUAUCAAAGCGGCAAGGAAUAAGCCAAGGCGCUACAGCUAACAGAAAAAUAAAAGUGAUCUUGUGAACCUAAGGAAAUUAAUUUAUUCGCGUGCCAAUUUAAUUUGUUUGUUUCUUUUUUAGCCUGGAUUCGGUUUUGAUCAAUUUUUGCUUUGAUUUUUGUAAAAAAUCAUUUAAAAAAACAUAAAAACUUAACUUGUAAAAAUAACCUAUCACAGCAGAUAGAAAAAAAUCGAAAUAUAUUAUUUUCUUUUUCAUUGUAUAAUUAUUAUUAUUUUUUUAAAUAUGUAGAAAACAAAAAUUAAAAAACUUACUCAUGUACGUAUGUUAGAAAAUAUUUAUAAAUUCAUGCAAUUAUUAUAUUUUGUAUGUUUAUUAUUUUAUUGUUAAAAAUAUAAUUCAUAUUGUUUGGGUGUUUGAUGAACAAAUUAUAAUAAAUAAAAAACUAUAUUAUAAAUAAACUAUUACUUAUCAUA